GAGCGUAGAGAGAGGAUGCCCAGAGCCGCUCUCUGCCCCAACUCUAAACAAAUGGUUAAACGACAAUAAGUUGACGUUUGUCUGCGAAAAUAACGAUAGUCGCCUCGCAGCCUGUCGUUUUUAAAGUUAACUAGAAGUUGGGCAUCGCUCUGGCCAAGAUGGUGCCAUUGUAGCGUGCAGUUGCGCUGGGACUGGUGUUUGUAUGCUAUUGAGAGCCGAUAAGAAUAAAGCAGCGUAGCUUUUGGAGACAGCCGUGAUAGCACGGCGGUCACCGAGGAGCGUCAACCGCUUCUUCGUAAGCACGGAACGGCGCGUUCAACUUCUGUCAUUUGAAUGGACAUCAUCCAAUGCGCUAACAGGGAACGAUGCAUUCAGUGUAGAGGGACAUACAGGCACAGAGCAAGCGGUCGGUCGGACACUUUAUUAGAUAAGGUUGACUAUUUGAGUUUGGAAAAGGGAUGUCUAUUUAAUACGAACGCUUUACGAAGGUUACGUCUCGGCGCAUUGUUCGAUGUUGUGCACUGAUUGAAAGGGUACGACUGCAGUGGCCUUAUCGAAACAAUUGGAUAAUGAGUCUUCUUGGACACGCAAACGAGAGUCUACAUUUAGCUGUGCCUUAAAACAGUACGUUCUAUAACCUCUCAUCCACGCCAGUACCGUGAAUGUUCCCCGUAGAUUUGUGGACGUUUCCCCGCAUGUGGUUGGCGAAGUCACGUUAUAGCUUUGCGCUCCGAGGGAUUUGGUGAACUUCGCUCGCAGUCCCCACGGUGAUUCUUUGUCUGAACGGAUCUCCGUUCCCUAUAUUGGGGUAUCAUGGCAGCAGAGAGUCGAGGGGCAUGGACUGCUUUUGCACCAAAGGACGGCUGUAAUUCAUUAGGAUUUCUAAUGAUCUUCCUUGUGGAUUUACUGGGUGUAUCGGCAGCCAACAUGGAGCCUAUUUAUUGGAAUUCAUUAAACAAAAGGUUCGGGGACGACCGGGGCUACGUGCUCUACCCCCAGAUAGGGGACCGUCUGGACCUAAUCUGCCCCUCGUCCAGUCCAGCGGGGCCCCGGGCCACCAGCGAGUACGAGUUCUACAAGCUGUACCUGGUGUCCACGCGCGAGCAGGCCGACCGCUGUGAGGUCAUGGGCCCCCCUAACCUGCUGCUCACCUGCGACAAGCCCGCCAGCGACAUGCGCUUCACCAUCAAGUUCCAGGAGUUCUCCCCCAACCUCUGGGGACACGAGUUCAAGAGCCUCCAGGACUACUACAUCAUCG